AUCUAAGGGAAAACUCUCAGUCCAGAGUAGCUGCUCUUGACUCCUUCUCUGUGGUUCCAACACCUCAAUCAUGCUGCGUCUGGUGGUCCUUGGCCUUGUCCUGGCAUGUGCAGUGUCUCUCAGCAGCUCUGCAGUAAUUCUAGAAAAUGGCAUGCCCAUCCAUUGGGCACAAACAGCCAGCCAAGUGACUGAGCUGCCAAUGCAGGAUGGGAUUCUUUAUCCCGACCCCUGGAACUACCUUCACCGCAUGAGUCUUCACCGGCUGAUGAUAGCUGCUACAGACCCCUUCAUGGGAUCCAUGGGAACAAAUGCCACUGACAGCCCACUGUGGGGACUGACACUGCAGCUUGGAUGGAUAUUAACUUCAGGGCGCGUCGCUGACCCAACCAGUGCAACAACUUGUGGUCUGCAAACAGGAGAACCUUUGUGCAUUUCUACUCAGAGCUGGUGGGGCUGUGUGGACUACUUUACCUCUGCGCUUCGCUUUCUGUCUGCUGCACAGCAGGGUUUCAUGGGACCAGGAGUGCAGGUCCAGAUGCAGGUGCCUGCAGGAGUGCAGGACUACUGUACGACUUAUGCCAGCUGUAAAGAUAGCUACCCUGAUGCCAUGUCUGCAUGGGAUGCCUUUUUUCAGGGUCUGAAGACUAUGAGCGAAGCUUCUGUCUCUGAUGAUGUGAAGAGAGACAGUAUCCUUGGUCUCUAUUGGGCAGGCCAAAUGGCUUCAACCUAUGCCUCUGCAGCAUGUAAUGCCAGGCAGAGCCACUAUUCUUCUGUAGAGGUGUCCUUUGCUAACAGCUGGCUGAACUCAGCAGAGUUUGUAUCAGCGGCUCGUUUCCAGUCCAACUUGGCAAAAUCUGUGCUCUUCCUAUCCCCUCUGCCAAGCCGGAUUUUACUGGACGGCGACAGCGCACCUAACAUUGCUGAUCUGAGUCAGGAGGAGAACCACACGCUGUAUGUCUUCAACUGGAUAAAGAAUAUUAACAGUCUGCUUGGUGGGUCAUUGGUGAAUCUGUGGAAACGUGCCAUGUGUUCAGUGAACACAAGACAAAAAGGUGCAGAGCUUCUGGAGCAGCUCCUCCUGAAUCCCAGCUUUGCUACAAGCACCUUCCUGUCUAUCAUCACUGAGAUGACCACAAGCUGCUGAGUCAAACAUACAAGCAAAAACAGAGAGGGAUACAUGCUUUUAAAUAAUGGUAUUCAGUUUCUCACCUGAAAAAUGCCAUUUUUACAUUAAACCAAGUUGUUCGAGGAAGUUUUUUUUCUUUCUUUUAAGGUCAAGACCUUAAAAGGGUCUUGACCUUGACCUGCACCUUAUUGCAGUGCAAUCAGUGAUACAGUACCAGUCAAAACCUGGCAGUACAAUAAACUCCACUUCAGCUAGUACAUUAAAAUUUGUCUUACAGCUUUGAGCAUGCAGGAUUCUCCUUGUACUAUAGUACAACUCUUUAACACUUAAUUAAGAAACUGAAUCUUUUUUUUUUUUUUAGCUCUGCCAGAUGGGUUUAUAGUUUAGCUAGGACCUGAUGUCACAAAAAAACCCUCUCAGUCAAAGAAUUUGAUGAAAUCCUAAAUUUAAUGAAAUUUGUUUCUCCUGAGGACGCCCAGUCUACUUACUGCAGAGUAAAAUGUUAUCUAGAGCUCAACUCCUGUCCAAUACUGGUACCUAGUGGUAAUAUAAUGUAAAUACUACUAGGUAAUGUGGAUGGAUGUUUGAAAUACAGUAAUCAUACAUUUGCUGAGAGUGGAGGCUGCUUUCAUAAGGUGAACACUUACUUAAUGCUACUGAAAAAUAAGUUUAUUUUCUUUCAGGGCUGCUAACAGUUAUAUACACGACAUGCCAGCAAACGAGAAUUAAGCUCUUUAUUUUCACACAAAAAUGUAACAUUUACUUUAAUAAAACAUCACAAGUUUGGAUCACUGUAGGUGAUGGCAUCCAAAAAAAAAAAAAAAAGAACACCAUACAUGACAUUUCUGUAAGGAAGACAGACGCAAAUGACAUUUAAUACCCGC